AUGAGGUGUUCCAUAACCGGAGCUUUCAAUAGUCUCGUGGAGUCCACAGAAAAAUCAUGUCGUGACACAACCGAGCUGGUCUACGUCAACUCUUUGGACUCAUUUGGCGAAACAGAGCACCUUGCUACAACAAGUAAUCCCAUAGAUUCUAGUCUUCCUCAAGAUGCACCAAGCAGCGCAACAGACACAAAGUCAAGAUCAGAUGUAAAGCUAAGCCAUCUCGCCUCAAACACCGAUUCAGGUUCAAGUAUUCAGACAACAGAAAAUGCUGCGGUUGGCUGGUCUUCUAGAUAG